AUGGUAAUCUCCCACCACGGCAUCCGUUCAGUCGUCUCCGCAAACCUCAUUCCUCCUCCCCCUCCUCUCACCUCCACAGUCGUCACGCCCACAGACCGCCGCCUCUCGUCUCCCGUCCUCAUCAUAUAUCUUCUCUCUCCACCGUAUCCCUUCAUCCUCCAACUCUCUUCUCCUCUCUUCCUCGCCAUCCUGGCAUCUUCUCCACGUCCCUCCAUCCUCAAUAAUCUCAUCCCUAACAGUUUCGAAGUCUCUAACUUAUCAUCCCCCGUUCACGGAACCUCACUUCCUCUGGACUUACAGAGAAAGUCCCCUCCUUCCCUCUCCACCUCCCCUCAUCUCCUCUUCUCAUCCUCUCUCAAGCAUCUCCCCAUCCAUUUCUCUGUCGCCUUCGCCUGCUCCUUCUCAACUCCGUCCCUCACCCCCCCCUAUCCUCCCCCCCUCCCCGUCGGCCUCUUCACUCCAUUUCCGUCCAAAAACUCUCCCUCGCCAAAUCCGUUACGCUUCUCCUCCUCCAACUCCGGUCCGACCUCUGGACACUCGACCUCCCGCGGUCUCCAGUCCGCUUCUGUCCGCCCAGGACACCAUCCCCAGUCUCAUCUCCCACUCCGCAAUGUCCGUUCUGGCAACCUCCAUAUUCCGACGCUCUCAUCUUCCGCUUCUCAUCAUAUAUCUCAAUUCUCCGCUCCCUCCCGAUCAUUCCAACUCUCCACCGUCGAUCCACCACUCCCGUCCCCUCCCACGCCUCCGCCUCUCAAAAUCAUCCUCUCUCUCUCUCGCCUCACUACAAAUCCUCCCGGUCCCACCACGCCUCGAAUAUCCUCGGUCCUCAUCACCGUCACUCUGCUCGGUCUAGUCUUCUUCUCCUCAUGGCUCGGACACGACCUCCCCGUCCUCCCGAAAGCCACACCUCUCGGUCCCUCAAACUAUCUCCGCCUCUACUUCCCUAUCCCUCUCACAAUCCUGAUCUCCCCACAUCCGACCCCUCACUUCGAUCACUCGUCUCCCUCUCCUCUUCUUUCCUGCUGUUUUCAGCAACCUCAUCGAUCCACCGUUCUUCGAGCGGGCAUGUCACAACUGUUCUCCCCGUCCCCAGCAUUCACCGGAGCUCAUCGCCUCAUCAUCCCCUCCUCCCCCAAUCAUCGCAUCCUUUCCUCUCCCGCGACAUCUCGUCUCCUCCUCUCUUCCACUCCCUCCUCUUCUCCCCUUUCACUUCUCUAUCGAUCGCUCCUCUCCGCCUACUCUCCCCUACAUCUGAUUCCUCCCCCUCUCUGUCCUCGUGUCUUCAGACUCUCCUCUCAUAUCAUCUCUCUGUCCCCUACUUUCUUCCUCCGUCACCAUCCUCCCUCACACGAAACUACGCCCCCCUCCAUCCCCCCCUCACCUCCUCCCUCUCCCCGGCCCCUCUCCCUCUGCCAGUCCCUGUGCUCACUCCCUCGUCCAUUCUCUCCUCCAGCUUCAUUCCACUCUACUCGCGACUCCCAUCCGGACAUCUCUCGUCAAUAUCAUUCCUCACUCUAUCCUUCUUCUCACCCUCUCCUGCUUUUAACUCCUCUCUCCUCCUCAGCCCAAUCCUUCGGUUUUCUCUCUCGUUCCGAUUCCAACUCAUCUCUCUUGUCUCCACUCUUCUCUCCUCCUGACCCUCGCCCCACUCCUCUCUUCCGCUCUGCUUUCCCUCCGCGCUCCUCCAGAGCAUCACUCCGCUACAUUUCCUCCUCUGCCCUCAUCUCCUACCUCUCGCUCUCCCCUCGCCUCCUCUCGCCAACCUUCCCAUCCCUCCUCUCCCCUCCACCAAUAUCCCAUCCCUCCCCAAUCACCUAUCCCAUCUCCUCCUCCCAUCCCUCCUCCCGGUCGUCCUCCACUCCUCGUCCGCUUUCCAUUCUCGGCACCAAGCCGCGAAACCAUCCUCCUAACUCUGUGGCUCUUCCAGAGUCUCCAACCGCCACUUCGUCCAUCCCGUACAUCCUCUCCCUCUCAUCUACCUCCUCCAUCCCGCUCCUAUCCGUUCCCCUCACCGUCGUCUCUCCUCUCUCGAACAUUCUCCAACUAAGCUCCCGACCGCUGCCAUCUGUCAAGACACUCCGUCACCCGAUGCCCUACCCUCACAUUUCGCCAUUCUUCCGAACCUCGCUCCCCUCCCCACCCGAACACUGCAAACAAGCCGCCCACAAUCCCAAUCGUCGCCUCCAUCCCCCAUCCUUCGCUCCCACCAGUCUCCUAUACCUCACCGUCUCUCCCCCGCACUCCUUACCUCCUCAAACUCCUUUCAACAUUCCGCACUCUCAGCUCAAGUCCAUCUCACUACGGCCCGAGUACUCAAAUCCAGCUUCUCGUCGCCCCUUCUCAAAAGCACUCCUCACCUCUACCACCCAAGUCCAUGCCCCCGGCAACCUCAGUCCCCCGCAGGCUUCUCAACCAAGUCGACCCUCGUAA